AUGUCUCGCAAGUAUCUUCAAAUUAAGGACGUCGAUAUAAACACUGAAGGUUGGACAGUCAUUACUCAAUUUGUCGAAAAAAGCCACGUUCAAAUUGGUCGGUAUGGAAAAAGAGUUCCCUACAGAAAAUAUGUUCUGACAGAUUCAGAGGGAACAAUUGUAUCUGCAACUGUGUAUGGAACUGCUCAAAUUGAGUUUUGGGAUGAACGCAUAAUACAAUACAAAAGAUAUUAUGUUUCUGGAGCCAGGGUGCAGCCAGCAAAUCCUCAAUAUCAAAUCGGUGACUAUCCUUUUACCUGGACAAUACAAAAAGGCACAUUGGUGGAACCAUAUCCUGAAAAAUUGCCGCCACAGCUUCCCUGCAAAAUACAGCUACAAGAAUAUAGCAAGCUGAAGGAAUCUGCAGAGACAGACAUUUUGCACAAUGUCAUGGGUAUAGUCGUACAUGUGGUGCCACGAAAAGAAGGUUCCUCGAAAUCAAACACUAAAGAUCUUGUCAUCGUCAAUGCAGAGAACAGACCUAUCAUUUUCACACUGUGGAAUGAAUUUGCAAAAGAAGAAGGUCAACAAUUAGCGAACACAUUGCCUACUGGUAACAUUAUUGUCGCAACAAGGGUCAGGGUAACCACUUUUAAUCUAUUGUCGAUCUCAACAACUCCUUUGGGCACAAUCAUGAUAAAUCCUCCCAUGGCAGAGGCUGUUGCUCUCAAGCAAUGGUACAUUGACCACAAAGAAGAGGUCAAUCAACAGCUAAAACUGAAGGUCUAUGAAAGCGCUGAAUUUCUGUUACCGCCACCGAAUGAAUCAGAUAUUAUCUCCGUGUGCUCAGCAUUGAAGAAUUUGCACAUUCUAAAAACGGCAUGGGUUCGAGGCAAGGCUGGUCUAGCAUAUGGACAGACAUCCUACUGGUUCACGGCUUGCCAUAAUUGCAAGAAAACUCUUCGUGCCCAAAUUGGAUGGAUGGUAACAUGCCCUCAUUGCAAUGCAGAAGGACCAGUCGAGCCUAGGUAUGGAGAUAAUCAAAUGUAG